CGCCUGCGCGCCGGGCUCUCGGAGGGACGUGGCCCGGUUGCCUGGGGCCGGAGAGGCGCGGCGAGCUCAGGGGCAAGGCAGCGGGACAGGCCGGGUGAGGAGCUCCGAGGCGGCGGCGGCUGCGGGCCGGGCUGCACGGGAAGCCGAUGUUCGCGCUCCGGCCCCGCGGCCAACGCUUCCAAGAAGCUACAACUGGAAGGGAAAAGGGAUAUUUUAGGUGAAGUCCAAUGUCUAGCACAGGUGGCGACAGACAAGGUUGCAGGAAAGCUGAGUUCUACUCUCUCAUGGGUGAAGAACACUGUAUCGCAUACUGUCAGUCAAAUGGCCAGUCAGGUGGCAAGUCCAUCUGCCUCAUUACACACUACAUCCUCCUCUACCACUCUUUCUACUCCAGCACUAUCACCAUCCUCACCAACGCGGUUGAGUCCAGAUGAUUUAGAAUUAUUAGCUAAACUAGAGGAACAGAACAGACUGUUGGAGACAGACAGCAAAUCCUUGCGUUCAGUAAAUGGGUCAAGAAGAAACAGUGGCUCCUCCCUUGUAUCCAGUUCAUCAGCUUCUAGCAACCUCAGCCAUCUCGAAGAAGACUCCUGGAUUCUUUGGGGAAGAAUUGUAAAUGAAUGGGAAGAUGUACACAAAAAGAAAGAAAAGCAAAUUAAGGAGCUUGUUCGAAAAGGGAUACCCCAUCAUUUUAGAGCAAUAGUUUGGCAGCUUUUAUGCACUGCUCAAAGCAUGCCAAUAAAGGAUCAGUAUUCAGAGCUUUUGAAAAUGACUUCUCCUUGUGAAAAACUGAUAAGAAGGGACAUUGCUAGAACAUAUCCUGAACAUGAUUUUUUUAAAGAAAAAGACAGUCUUGGGCAGGAGGUUUUAUUUAAUGUUAUGAAGGCUUAUUCUUUAGUGGAUCGUGAGGUUGGAUACUGUCAAGGAAGUGCUUUUAUAGUUGGGCUGCUGCUUAUGCAGAUGCCAGAAGAGGAAGCAUUUUGUGUGUUUGUCAAAUUAAUGCAAGAUUAUAGACUUCGAGAACUCUUUAAACCAAGUAUGGCUGAGCUGGGCCUUUGUAUGUACCAGUUUGAAUACAUGAUACAGGAGCAACUACCAGAACUUUAUGUGCACUUUCAGUCUCAGAGUUUCCAUACUUCUAUGUAUGCUUCAUCAUGGUUUUUAACUAUCUUUCUUACAACUUUUCCACUACCAAUUGCAACAAGAAUAUUUGAUAUCUUUAUGUCUGAGGGUUUAGAAAUAGUAUUUCGAGUAGGUUUAGCAGUUCUUCAGAUGAACCAGGCUGAAUUAAUGCAACUUGACAUGGAAGGGAUGUUACAGCACUUUCAAAAGGUCAUUCCACAUCAGUUUGACAGUGGCCCAGACAAACUAAUCCAAGCAUCUUACCAAGUCAAAUACAAUGCGAAAAAGAUGAAAAAGUUAGAAAAGGAAUACACUACAAUAAAAACUAAAGAAAUGGAAGAACAAGUUGAAAUUAAAAGACUACGAACAGAAAACAGACUCUUAAAACAGCGCAUUGAAACACUAGAAAAAGAAAGUGCUUCCUUGGCAGAUAGAUUGAUACAGGGACAAGUGACAAGGGCCCAGGAGGCUGAGGAAAACUACCUCAUAAAACGGGAGCUAGCCACCAUCAAACAGCAGAGUGAUGAGGCCAUUACUAAACUGGAGCAAGCUGAGAAUACCGUCAGGGAGCUCCAGCAGCAACAAUGGCAUAAGUGCAGUUCCCGCUACAGUGAAGACUUUGUGCUACAGCUGGAAAAAGAGUUGGUCCAAGCCAGACUAAGUGAAGCGGAAUCCCAUUGUGCUCUGAAGGAGAUGCAAGAUAAGGUUCUAGAGAUGGAAAAGAGGAACAGUUCUUUACCUGAUGAGAAUAAUGUUGCCAGACUCCAAGAAGAACUGAUUGCUGUGAAGUUGAGAGAAGCAGAAGCUUUGAUGGGCCUAAAAGAACUUAGACAGCAAGUCAAGGAUUUGGAGGAACACUGGCAGCGUCAUCUAGCUCGCACUGCUGGAAGAUGGAAAGAUCCAUCCAGAAAGAACACUGCGAAUGAACUGCAAGAUGAAUUGAUGACAAUCCGAUUGAGAGAAGCAGAAAGUCAGGCAGAUCUAAAAGAGAUGAAACAAAGAAUGAUGGAGAUGGAAACACAGAACCACAUCAACAGUAACCAUUUACGGAGGGCAGAGCAAGAGGUGAGCAAUCUACAAGGAAAGGUGCAAUAUCUUUCUGCGCAGAACAAAGGGCUUCUUGCUCAGCUGAGUGAAGCAAAACGUAAACAAGCAGAGACUGAGUGCAAGAACAAGGAAGAAGUGAUGGCAGUGAGACUCCGUGAAGCAGACAGCAUAGCAGCUGUGGCAGAACUCCAGCAGCACAUUGCUGAACUGGAAAUCCAGAAAGAAGAAAGAAAAAUUCAAGGGCAGCUUAAUAACUCUGACUCUAACCAGUAUAUUAGAGAACUGAAAGAUCAGAUAGCAGAGCUGAAUGAUGAGAUCAGAUGCCUAAAAGGCCAGAAAGGCUUCUCAGACCAACCCACUUUUGAUGGGAUUCACAUUGUCAACCAUUUGAUAGAUGAGUCAUUUCAUUCUUCUGAUGAAGAUUUUAUAAGUAACUCCAUACAGGAGGGUGGGGUCCAUUUUCAUUUACACAGAAGGACUGGACAGAUGACUUUGGACCCACCUGUGAUAGAUAGCAGUGACAGUGAUACUGAAGACGGUGUCCUAGAUACUGGGGAUACGGACAAGAUUAUUCCAAAGCGAAAGAACCAGCAAAGACUGGAAUCCUACUCUACUACUGUGUGAUGAUCACUGUGACUAGCAUCUAAGACUUCAGCAUUCUUUUAAGGGUUAGGUUGUCAAAUGACUAAAAAUGCCCAGCUCUUGGAUUAGAUAGCUAUUGUGGCUUGUCUGACAUAUUUUAUAUAUAAUAUAUGUAUAUAUGUAUACACACUUUACUGUUUGCCUUCUACCUUUGCCAAAUUGUCAUCACUGACAUACUAGAGAGUAGGUUGGGAAGAAGUUGAUGGAUGACACUUCUAACAGUAUUACUGAUUGUUCCUUGUUUUAGAAAAUGCAAAUAUAUAAUUUCUUUAAAUGCAUAACAAUUUUGCAGUUCCUAAACUUGGGAAAUCUUUUCUUCAAAAGAAACUGCUCUUGUGCAAUAUUUUAUACUCCGUGAACAAAUGUGUUCUUUUUACAUUGUUAUCCAUUUGUGAUCAAGAUGGACGUUAGCAGACUGGCUGAUCAUGGUGUCUGAUUAUUUUUUGUUGUUUGACUGUUUGGUUUUAAUUAAACAUAACUAUUAUUGGAGACCCAUAAAAGGCUCCAAACACAAGCCUUUAUUUCUUCUGUUUUUAAAUACAAAUUAAUGGUCACAAAUGUCCAAAAGGUUUUUAAAAUCAUUCUGACUUUUAAUUUUUGUGCAUCUGCUUUUGAUUUGUUGCUAAUAAAAAAAAAAAAAAAAACACCCUGGUCAAAGUAUGUUAACUACAAUAAUGUUUAUUUUGUACAUGUUUAUAUCUCUCUGCAGCAAGCUGAAUAUGUAUAUUACACAUUUAAUAUGAGGAAUGUAAAUGUUGCAAAAUGACUAUUCUUGGCAUUCUAACAGGAAGAUGAAUUCUGUAUAUGCAUAUUGAUAGUGAGUUACAAAAUUGAGGCAAAACACUCAUCUUACAUUUAAUCUCUGUUUAGCUACUGACACUAGCAGGUUCAUGUCUAACUAAAAUGCUUUUUCACAAACACUAAUGACUGAACUUUUAACUUCAUAUAUAUAUAUAAAAAACUAUAAUAAAUUUUUCAUGAUUUAA